UGCCCCACCAAAUCAAUCAGCAUACAUGUCCGUUACGCGACAUGAUCUCGGGUCGGGUUGCGGCAUACAUGCUGUGCCAUUGCCUAUAAAGGUUUCCUGGUAGCCUUACGUCUUCAGAGGUACCUACCUACCUGUAAACAGAGUAAACAUGGUGUCACCAAGCCCUUCCAUCCGCAUCGGAGUCGAUGUCGGAGGCACAAACACCGAUUCUGUUCUUCUCGACGAAGCCUUGCGAUCUUCUCCCAACCGCGGUAUCAUUGCUCAUUUCAAGUCACCUACUACGCCUGACGUUACUACCGGCAUCGAAUACGCCGUUAAAGCUGUUCUCGCAGAUAGCAAGGUGGAUCCGAAAGAUGUUGCUUCACUCACCAUUGGUACUACUCACUUCAUCAAUGCAAUCGUAGAGCAAGACGUUCGCCGGCUGGCGAGCGUUGGUGUCAUUCGAUUGUCCAGCAACUUCACGCGAGCUACUCCGCCUUUCGUGGACUUUCCUCCUGCGCUGAAGGAAAUCAUGUGUGGCCACUACGGAUGGGUCAGCGGUGGACUGCAAAUUGAUGGCUCUCAGAUCCGCCCGUUGAAAGAAGACGAGAUCGUUGCUGAAUGCAAGAUCCUGAAAGAGAAAGGCUUGAAGAAUGUGGUCAUCUCUGGCGUUUACUCGCCCAUCGAUGAGUUCUUCAAGCAGGAAGAAGUUGCAAGGAAGAUCGUGCUCCGCGAACUCGGAGAAGAUGUCAACGUCGUUUGCUCUCAUGAAAUUGCCAACCUUGGCCUCCUCGAGCGCGAGAAUGCUUCGAUUUUGAAUGCUUCUAUCCUCACAUUCGCCAAACGCACCAUCAAAGCUUUCCGCGCUGCGAUGCGUCGUUUGAAUCUUCAUUGCCCUCUCUUUCUUACUCAGAAUGACGGAACUCUUGUCGAUGCCGAGUCAGCUUCUCGACUGCCUAUUCGUACCUUCUCCAGCGGCCCAACCAACUCUAUGCGCGGAGCAGCAUACCUCAGCGGACUUGGUGAAGCAGAUAGCGAGAAAGUCGGCAUGGUUGUCGUCGACAUUGGUGGUACGACAGCAGACGUUGGUAUGCUUUUGCCUUCUGGCUUCCCUCGUCAGGCAUCUGCAUACGUUACCGUAGCUGGCGUGCGUAUCAACUACUCCAUGCCUGCAAUUGAAUCAAUCGGAUUGGGAGGUGGAUCUAUCGUCCGUGUCCUGUCCGACGGAAAGGUCACAGUAGGUCCUGACUCGGUUGGUCAUUACCUAACUACUGCUGCUCGGGUCUUCGGUGGUGAGACCCUCACCGCCACCGACAUUACUGUCGCUGCUGGAGAUGCGGAUGUCGGCAACUCGUCUCUUGUCAAGUCCGUUGAAGCCGAUACGGUUGUGAAAGCGAAGGCCGCAAUGAAGAAGCUGCUUGAGGAUGUGGUUGACCUGAUGAAGACAUCGCCGGAACCUGUUCCCGUUUUGCUUGUAGGUGGAGGCAGCAUCAUCUCGCCUGUGGAACUGGCCGGAGUCUCAAAAGUCAUUCGCCCUCCCUUUCACGAUGUCGCCAACGCCGUUGGAGCUGCUAUCGCCAAAGUUGGUGGGACAGUAGACACCAUUGAAAACGUCUCGGACAAAUCAGUCGCUGAGACGGUGAAAGAAGUCACAAACAAGGCGAUUCAGAAGGCCAUAGAUGCCGGGGCAAGGCCUGAUAGCGUGCGCGUGGCAGAGGUCGACACGAUCCCUUUGCAGUAUGUUGCCAAUCAAGUCAGGAUUGUCGUCAAGGUUGCUGGCGACCUCGACAUUUCUCGCCUUGCUAAACAGGAGGUCUUGAUUGACGGCUCCGACGAAACGGACGACGAUAGCACAGAUCAUAUCGAGGCCAAGAAGCAACAAGCUGCCUUUACCAAGUCUACGGCGAAGAGCGUCGGUGACAUCUCAAGUUAUCGCCCUAACAUCAUAGGCAAGGAAUGGCACUUGACCGAAACAGACGUGGAAUGGCUUGCUGAUGGAUGCUAUGUCCUUGGCUGUGCCGGUGGCGGUAACCCAUACCCCGAGUUUCUUCAACUACGUGAUAUGAUCCGUGAAGGUCACAAGGUUCGCGUUGUUGACCAGCAGUCCCUCAAAGACGAUGCGGUUGUUUGCUGGGGAGGACACAUGGGCAGUCCUGCCGUAUCGGUUGAACGUCUUGGUGCGGAUGAAUGCGUCGAGGCAAUGCGAGACUUACUGGAAUACAUGCGAUUGGAGGACUUCGACGCCGCCAUGGGCCUUGAGAUUGGUGGUGGGAAUGGAUUGCAGCCACUCAUCAUUGGUAGCUCGCGAUACUUCAAUAGGCCUGUUGUGGAUGCCGAUCUUAUGGGCCGCGCCUACCCUACUUACUACCAGACCACGAUCUGCGUGUACGAGGAGGGGCAGCUUAUUCCAGCGGCUAUCUCAAGUGGUGACGGUCGAUCUAUGGUCAUGACCAAGGCGAACGACGAUGUCAUUGUGGACGUUGCCUUGCGGGCUGCCUGCUCCGAGAUGGGUUCGCGAGUUGGCUUGGCAGCUCGUCCACUAACCGGUGCCAAAGUUCGAUCGAGAGCUGUUCUCAAUACCGUUUCGUUUGCCUGGCGUAUUGGACGUGCUAUUGCACUGGCCAACAAGACCAACACCGUCGCCAAAGUGGCAGAUGCCAUCAUUGCUGAAGCAGGUGGACCAGAGACCGCAAAGAAACUCUUCGUGGGUAAGAUUGUGGGCGUUGAACAGAAGUUAUUCAAAGGUCACUCAUAUGGACAGACCAUUAUCGAGGCGCUGUCUAAGGACGAAGAAGAGCAAGACGGUCAGACCGAAUUCUCCGGCAAACUGCGCAUCCCGUUCAAGAAUGAAAACAUUUUAGCGGAGCUCGAGUUGCCGGACGGCGCGAAGCAGAUGCUUGCUACCGUUCCCGAUCUCAUCUGUGUUCUGGAUUCACAGAACGGGAGGGCCUUGGGUGUCCCUGAUUAUCGUUACGGACUUCGUGUCACGGUUAUUGGUAUUGCCGCGUCUCCUAGAUGGACCGACACCCCUAGAGGCCUCGAACUCGGAGGUCCAAGAGCGUUUGGCUAUGAUAUCGAUUACACUCCACUUGGGGUCUAUAAGCAGCCGAGGAGUGUCAUUGAGGAGUACGGCGAGUGAUUAUUAGUAUUCAAUAUUGUGACAGGAGACUAUUAUCAUGUUUCAUCGAAUCUCUCAAUCCUCUGCACCG